CAUGUAACGGAGCAAAGAAAACAAACACAGCCUUUAAUUUAAGCAAGCUAUUUUUAUCCUCUGACAAAAAUAGGGUACCUUCUGAAACGUAUUUGGACAAACACGUAUUUGUUUACACGGAUACAAGAAAAGCGUGUUUGCAUUGGUGGUUGGAAGAGGGAAAAGUAAUUUACCAUAAGCCUUUCCCCAGGAACCGAAAAACAAAACAGCUCUUUAAAAUCAGCUAGCUCCCAAACUGCGUCUUUGGAGCUCAGGCAUAUCACCAUCACCAGGUGCUCCUGGGACUCCGGAGUUAUAAUGUGCCCCAGAGUCAGGUUCAGACCUGGAGUAAGAGAGCGUGGGCCUGGCCCCUCGUCCUGAAAUGAGGGCUGCGCUAGCCUGGGCCUCUCGCAGCAAGAACCACGAGGAGCAGGAAACAGGGAAUGGCCCCAAAUCAGGGAAAGCAGGCCCAGCUGCUUGAGGAACUGCGCUCCUCGUGCUUUUUCCCCCUGAAGCCAUGUCCUCUCCGGGCAGCAGCCUAGCCCUUGGCGGGGCUGCUGCCUCCCUUCCUCAUCCUGCAGCCCCGCAAACUCCGCAGAACGCCAUCUGGCGACGCGGGAUGACCCACAGGCACCGAGCCUCCAGCGGAGGGGAAGCGAAACCACAGCUGGCGGGAGGGCGGGGGGCGGGGGAGGCGAAGCGUGGAAUAAUUCCACGACUUCCCCAGUCAGUCCGAGGCGUGGGAAAAGCAAGAACCGGUGCGGGCGGAGAGCGGGCAUCCAUCCGCAUCGGGUGAACCCUAGUGCCUUCGCAGCGUCCCUGUGCUCCGCUCGUUCGGGUCCCUAGGUGGGAACAAACUCCGGGUGCAGAAGUCCGCGCGGCACAAGUCCUUUGGCUGGAGUUAGGCGCUGCCCAGGCUGGUGGCAGCCGGCGAUUUGCAGCUUUCCCAGAGUCACUCCCGGCGCCGCAGGGGCGCGGUUUUAAGCAGCUGGCCCCAUUUUCCCAUGCUGUGUAUUUCAAUUGCCCCAUCUCACUCCCUUCGUGGAGGCACCGUUUGCCACGUGUGGUUGGCGGAGCCCUCAGCGGCCUCUUAUAGGGUCACCAAUGCGAGCCCGUGUCCAGCUCUACAGGAAGCUUCUCUAAUGGAGUGGGGUUUGCACUGCACCGCCAGGAGCCGGACUGCUUAGACGCCUGAGCGUCUCGAUCCUAUGCCUAAACCUUACCCGAGUCUUUUAGGGAUGGCCUAGCAGCCCCGCUUACCUGAUCGACUACACUCAUCCAGUCUUUUGUUCCGCGAGACGCUUUCGCCCCUGCGGAAACCCAGGCGGUGGGAGGGUCGGUGCUAGAACGCAAUCUCCUUGGCCUGGCCGCACGCUCGGACUUCGGUGUCUGUGGCUAGCUCUCCACCGCGCCACAGCGCCUCGGGAACAAAGGAAACCCACUCAGAGCCUCCGUGAACUCAGAAGACGCUCAGUUCUUAUUUCCCACGGAUUCCUGACUCUCCGGAAACGCUGACAGCGUAUACACUGGAGGAUAUUAUGCUGGAGAGACCACUGAUUCUUAAGAAAUGAGCCAUGGAGAAAAAACCGGCAAAGCUGGAAGCCCUGGAAGAGGCCUUAGCACGAAAAUAGGAUCUGCGUUCGGCUACGGGGUCCUAAUCCCCUCUCUUCAGCACCGGAGGGGAUGGACAGCGUCUCCCAGCUGGGCCUCCGUCUUGGGGACUUAGGUGUGCUGCUGCCGCUGCCUCCACUGCUGUCCUUGUGGUCACUGUCAUGGACAAGAGCUCUCGGCAGCUAAAAGGCGGUGCCUCCGGUCCCCUUCCUUGAUGGUUGAAAACCUGCCUUCCUCAUCCUCCUGUCACUCAUAGGAACCCGACUCCGCGUGGCUAAACUCUGGGCAGCAACUCCAAAAAUAAUUUUCUGCAUGGGCUGGAAGGAAUGCAGGCAGAAGAGUGGAGUUGAAGUUCUUAGAAGCACCAAGGAACUGUAAGCGCUGCAGCAGGAGUUGAAAUACCCAAAGGCCCACAGUUCUUUAAACAAGAACUUCCCGGACUGGAUUGCAGCUGUGGUGGAAACAGCUUUGCGAGAGGUUGGAGAUACUAAACCCCAACAUUAGAGUAGCCGAAAAGACUCCAUUUCCUCUGCUCAGCAGUCUGCUCUCCAGGAUGUUGAGAUUUCCCAAGAAAUAACGCUGCAAAGAAGACUUACCACUCUACCUAAAUUCAAUUAUUUGACGAUGUGCAUCAUCUGAACUCUUGAGAUCACCAUGGAAUCUAUGUCAUCCCUACUAAUGGACAGAGCCGGAUAGAGUUCCUCCAUAAAAACAGUGCAUUUGGGACAUACCUUACAAUGAGUCUGUCCUAGAUGUAUGACCACAUCCUUCUGAGUGCCACAGCACAUGGAUUUCAGAACUACCUGUGAGGAGUCGAAGACAGGGGUUUGCUUGCUACAAGAUGGUAAUCAGGAACCUUUUAAAGUCCGACUGCAUCUUGCCAGAGAUCUGCUGAUGCUACAGGAGCAAGACGUACUGUGUGUGUCUGGUGAGCCUUUCUAUUCUGGUGAAAGAACGGUGACAAUCAGAAGGCAGACAGUAGGAGGAUUUGGAUUAAGCAUAAAGGGAGGUGCAGAACAUAACAUUCCAGUUGUCAUUUCUAAAAUCUCCAAGGAGCAAAGAGCGGAGCUUUCGGGACUGCUUUUCAUCGGAGAUGCAAUUCUGCAGAUAAAUGGAAUUAAUGUGAGGAAAUGCAGGCAUGAAGAAGUGGUCCAGGUUCUCCGGAACGCUGGGGAGGAAGUGACGCUGACGGUGUCAUUUUUAAAAAGGGCACCUGCUUUCCUCAAGCUCCCCCUGAAUGAAGACUGCGCCUGUGCUCCAAGUGACCAAAGCAGUGGUACCUCUUCUCCUCUUUGUGACAGUGGCUUGCAUCUCAACUACCAUCCAAACAACACAGAUACACUUUCCUGCUCUUCGUGGCCCACAUCUCCAGGCCUGCGGUGGGAGAAGCGGUGGUGUGACCUCAGGCUCAUUCCUCUACUGCAUGCCCGCUUCUCUCAGUACCUGCCCGGGACUGACCUGAGUCGGCAGAACGCUUUCCAAGUUGUUGCUGUGGAUGGAGUCUGCAGUGGAAUUAUUCAGUGCCUGUCUACUGAAGACUGCAUGGAUUGGCUCCAAGCAAUAGCAGCUAAUAUUUCAAGCCUCACAAAGCAUAAUAUCAAAAAAAUCAACAGAAAUUUCCCUGUAAACCAGCAGAUUGUUUACAUGGGCUGGUGCGAAGCACGGGAGCAGGAAUCACUCCAGGACCGUGUGUACACACCUGUCUUUCUCGCCCUGAGGGGCUCCUGUCUUUACAGGUUCCCUUCGCCUCCAGUGACCACAUGGGAUUGGACACGAGCAGAUAAAACUUUCUCCAUAUGUGAGAUCAUGUGCAAGGUUCUCAAGGACAGUGACCUGCUGGAUCGGCGGAAACAUUGCUUUACCAUGCAGUCAGAGUGUGGGGAGGACUUCUACUUCUCGGUGGAGUUAGAGAGUGACCUUGCCCAGUGGGAACGAGCCUUCCAAACAGCCACCUUCUUAGAAGUAGAACGGAUACAGUGCAAGACCUAUGCUUGUGUGCUGGAGAGUCACUUAAUGGGCCUCACGAUUGACUUCAGCUCGGGUUUCAUCUGCUAUGAUGCAGCAACAAAGGCCAUACUUUGGAGGUAUAAAUUCUCUCAGCUUAAAGGCUCAUCAGAUGACGGCAAAAGCAAAAUAAAAUUUUUGUUUCAGAACUCAGAAACUAAACAAAUUGAAGCAAAGGAGUUGGAAUUUUCAAAUUUAUUUGCUGUGCUUCACUGUAUCCAUUCAUUUUUUGCUGCCAAAGUGGCUUGUUUGGACCCUCUGUUUUUAGGCAAUCAGGCUGCUGCUUCUGCUACUGCCACCUCUGCUUCUACAAGCAAAGCAAAGCACGUGGCUUGACAGACCGAGUUCUGCCUAGCAGCCCCACUGUCACUCCUCGUUUUCCUCCGGCAGAGACCACGCUGUCACCAUGUCAACAGUGGAGUCAGACUGCAACUCCAGCGGGAAAAAUGUCAAGAGGUAUCUGCAGUAGAUCUUACCCUAGCAGGUAUCCGCAAAUAACCCGGAAUGGGCAGAGCAGCCUAUUCUUUCUCCUCUGAUCUUUAUCAGGACACAGCUGUCACCGUGUAUGGUGAUGAAUGAUUGGUAUGUAAAGUAUGUAAAUAACACGAAAAUUGUAAGCUACCUAUAAAUAAAAAUACCAAUUAAAUGGC